GGCCCUGGCAGGGGGGCAGCUGUCCACACCACUGGACGGGGUAUAAAAUAGCGACGCUGCUCGCCAGCGCGCCACCGCGACACUGCCGCACCGCCGCACGACCGUGCCGUCAUAAUGGCCCUGUUGAUGAACACCUGGACGCUGGCUCUCGCCUGCUGCCUCGUCGCCUUGAACGCUGUGGAGGCGUCGUCGUCCAGCAGCUCCUCCUCCUCGUCGUCGUCCGAGGCGUCCGUGUCCUCGUCCGAGGAGAGCCUCUCGGCGCGGCUCGAGUCCAGGAUCCACCGCUGCGUCCGCGGCGCGUCCCCCGGCCUCGUGCUCCCCGUCGGCAACUUCGAGCAGCUCGCCAAGGUUGAGGCCUGCGCGGACGACGGCAUGACCGCGCUGUUCGGCGGCACCCCGGCCGCCGCCGUCAAGGACAUGCUGGACGGCUGCAUCGACGGCAAAUCAUUCCCGGACGCCGUCAAGCCCGCCGUCGGCCUGUUCAAAGACUGCAUCGCACGCGCCCUCAAGUGAAAAGAAAAAAAAUUGUUUGCAAAUAAAAUUAAUCUAAAAGUG